AUGCGAUUCUCAGCAGCAAGCGUCCUGGCCACCGCGCUGGGGUUGUUCUCCGUCGCGACCGCACACACCAUCCAGCUCAAGGCUCACUCCCGGGAAUGCUUCCACGAGGUCCUACACAAGGAUGAUUUGAUGACCGUUACUUUCCAAGUUGGCGACCGGGAAUUUGGCGGAAGCGGUAAUCUUGAGAUUGAUUUCUGGGUCGAGGACCCCCUGAGGAACCGCCUGUACUACAAGCAAGCCAUCUCGAAUGAAGACUACUCAUUCACCGCGCAAGCCGACGGCAAAUACAACUACUGCUUCAGCAACGAGGGCUGGACUUCGAACUCGAAGGAGGUCUCAUUCAACGUCCACGGUAUCGUCUAUGUGCCGGAAUCGGAGAUGGCGCAGGACCCCUUGGAGGCCGAAGUCCGUCGAUUGUCCGAGGCUGUUUCACAAGUUAGAGAUGAGCAGGGAUACAUUGUCGUCCGUGAGCGCGUGCACCGGAACACAGCAGAGAGCACCAACGGCCGAGUCAAGUGGUGGAGUACCUUCCAGUUGGCUGUAGUUAUUGGAGAGGGUGUGUUCCAGGUGUGGUGGCUGAAGAGAUUCUUUGAGGUCAAGCGCGUUGUCUAA